AUGUUUAAAACAAUGACAGUAAAAUUCAACAAGGUAAAACCAAUAGAAAAGAAUGAUGAAAAUGAAGACAGCCUUCAUCCAACCAACCAGUCUCAGUCAUCUACUAGACAGGGAGAAAAUAAAAUUGAAAAGAAAUCUCUCAAAACCAAGAUGCCUGCAGUCACAUUUGAAGAAUCACACACCCAAAUACCAGAUAAAAUAUCCAAGAAAACUUUCCUCAGCAAUCAGACCACAAACCCUGCCUCUCAAAAUCCAGCAGAAGCAACAGGAUCAAUGCCAGAGCUAGAAGAGACAGAGACUGGGAAAGAAGGCAGAGUCAGUCCAAAAAGCAAACCAUCCAGAACUCCUGUUAUAAAUGAGUAUGCUGAUGCCCACCUACACAACCUGGUGAACAGAAUGCGUCAGAGAACAGCCCUCUAUAAGAAAAAGUUGGCAGAGGAAGAUGUAUCCUCACCUGAAGGCAGCCCUCAACUUGCAAAGCCCACAGCUAUGUCAUCAACACAGAGAAGUGAAGCCAAACUACAAGAAGAUGAUUACUAUGGCAUGUUGUGUUGUAAAUUCCGGAAGUUGCCUCUGACAGAUUAUCUAAAGCAAAUUAGACUUUCAAGAAGCAUAGAUUCAUACACAGAUCGGUUCUACCUCCUGUGGCUCCUGCUCGUCACCAUUGCCUACAACUGGAAUUGCUGGUUUAUUCCACUGCGUCUAGUCUUUCCAUAUCAAACACCAGACAACAUGCACUACUGGUUUAUAACAGACAUCGUAUGUGAUAUCAUCUACCUUUGUGAUAUGCUAUUAAUCCAACCCAGACUCCAGUUUACAAGAGGAGGAGAAAUAAUAGAGGAUUCAAAUGAGCUAAAGAGACACUACAGGAGUUCCACAAAAUUUCAGUUGGAUCUCGUAUCAGUAAUACCAUUUGAUGUAUUCUACCUCUUCUUUGGGUUUAAUCCAAUAUUUAGAGCAAAUAGGAUAUUAAAGUAUACCUCAUUUUUUGAGUUUAAUCACCACCUAGAGUCUAUAAUGGACAAGGCAUACAUCUACAGAGUCAUUCGAACAACUGGAUACUUGCUGUUUACUCUGCAUAUUAAUGCCUGUAUUUAUUACUGGGCUUCAAACUAUGAAGGAAUUGGCACUACUAAAUGGGUGUAUAGUGGUCAAGGAAACAAAUACCUGAGAUGUUAUUAUUGGGCAGUUCGAACUUUAAUUACCAUCGGGGGCCUUCCAGAACCACACACUACGUUUGAAACUGUUUUUCAACUCUUGAAUUUUUUUCUUGGAGUUUUUGUGUUCUCCAGCUUAAUUGGUCAGAUGCGAGAUGUAAUUGGGGCAGCAACAGCCAAUCAGAACCACUUCCGUGUCUGCAUGGAUCAUACCAUUGCCUACAUGAACACUUACUCCAUUCCCAAAAGUGUACAGGAACGGGUUCGGACUUGGUAUGAAUAUACGUGGGACUCUCAAAGAAUGCUAGAUGAGUCCGAUCUGCUUGCGAACCUGCCCUCUACCAUGCGGUUGGCCCUGGCCAUUGAUAUGAACUUCAGCAUCAUCAGCAAAGUCGACUUGUUCAAGGGUUGUGAUAUGCAGAUGAUUUAUGACAUGUUGCUAAGAUUGAAAUCCACUGUCUAUCUACCUGGUGAUUUUGUCUGCAAAAAAGGGGAAGUUGGCAAAGAAAUGUAUAUCAUCAAGCAAGGAGAAGUCCAAGUUCUCGGAGGCCCUGAUGGUACUAAAGUUCUGGUUACUCUGAAAGCUGGGGCAGUGUUCGGGGAAAUCAGCCUUCUAGCAGCAGGUGGAGGAAACCGUCGAACUGCCAAUGUGGUGGCACAUGGUUUUGCCAAUCUUUUAACACUGGACAAAAAGACCCUCCAAGAAAUUCUACUGCACUAUCCAGAUUCUGAAAAGCUCCUCAUGAAGAAAGCCAGAGUGCUUCUGAAGCAGAAAGCUCAGGCCACAGAGGCAACCCUUCCAAGAAAAGGAUUUGCUUUUCUUUUCCCCCCUAAAGAAGAGACACCCAAAAUAUUUAAAGCUCUACUUGGAGGUACAGGAAAAGCAGGUCUUGCAAGACUACUCAAAUUGAAGAGAGAACAAACAGCUCAGAAAAGUGGAAACUCCAACACAGAGUGUGACGGAAAAGGAUAUGAAGAUAAAGGAAGGAAGCCAGCAAAGAAACCAGUGGACAGACCCAACUGUGGAGUAAGUCCUAUUACAGUGAAGCAAACGCCCCAAUCGAUUGGAAGGGCAGUUUUAUUACCCAGAGGAGCUAUCUAUCAAUCACUCAUCAUCAGUAUGGCUCCUGCUGAGGCUGGAGAAGAGGUUCUGACUAUUGAAGUCACAGAAAAGGUUAAGUAA